UUCUGGUAGACUGUUGUGGUGAGCUUGGAUUUUUCAAAGCAGAGGUUACCAACACCUGCACUGGACAAUGCAUCCCAAAUGAUGACUGACUGUGGAUAUUUCACACUGGACCUCAAGCAGCUUGGGUUCUGUCUUUCACCCUUCUUUCUCUAAACCCUUGGACUUUGAUUUUCAACUGAAAGGCAUACUUUAUUUUCAUCGGAAAAGAUCCAGUCCAGUCCAACAAUCCGGUCCGUCUUCUCCAUGGCCCAGUUGAGACGCUUCCUACAUUGGCUCAGGUUCAUAAGUGGCUUGACCUGAAGAACCCGACAGCUGUAGCCCAUCUCCUGGAUGUGUCUUAAAGUGGAGUCCUGCCUCAUUCAACUCAUUCUGGAACACUGUCAGAUUCUUGAAUCUUCUCUGAUAAUCGAUUGAAGCCCACGGACAUCUAUUUUGCUGGUGUACCUGUUGCCACCUUUUGCCAUUCCACUAGACAUUCCAUUGAUGUGCUUGGACACAGCACUCCGUGAACAGCCGGCUGAACAUUUGUGGCUUACCCAUACCAUAUGGAGGGUAUCAAUGAUGGUCUUUGCCAUAUUGAACUGAGCUGAGACACUUGAACCAAACCGAAGUAAUUUAGUGAGACAUGAGGAAACCUGUGAAGGUGCUUUAAGUUUAUGAUUCGUGUGGCACUUAGUUUUAAUCAUUCAUGCCCAUAAAAAUUUGGGCUGAUUUCUUCACAGUAUUCUGAUAUUUUGAAUUCCUGUUUUGUGUGUUUCAUGAGCUGGAAGCCCAAAUUAUGUAGAAAUAAACAAAUUCGUGCAAUUGUUUAAGUUGUGGGUCCUGUACUCAGUCACUGAAAAUGUUUUAGAGAUAUUUGUAGCCUAUUGUAAAAUAAUUUAUUUGGUUUAACAAAAGUCACGUAAGUCAAGUUUCCUGCCUGUAAGUAAGUAGACCUGGCAGGCAGCCUGCAGCCAGUCUUAAUUAAUGGCCCUUCAGGGGCCCCUGCACCUGGUCUUAAUUAAUGGCCCUUCAGGGGCCCCUGCACCUGGUCUGCGCGGACAGGUGAAGUGGAGCUCUGGCGGUAUUUUGGAAGCGGUGGAUUUGAACGGACCAAUCAGCGCGCUGCAUUUAAGGACCCGUCGCACUCGGUGGUUCGCGUUUUUUCCAGCUAUCCCGCUCAGGUUGUGCAGAAACUUCAUCAUCCAACCUUCUCCAUCAGAGUGGCUCUCUUUCUCAGAGUGAAAAUCCAGCUAUCAUUGGACCAGAGCGGACUCCAGAAACAUAUCAAUCUGCCACUCAACAGCUGGAGAGAGAGGAUGUGACAGAAGUACAGGGGAUUAAGUUCAGUUUUCUGUAUUUCAACAGAUAUGAUGGAUACACAAAAGGACAUCCGUGAUGCCAUACGAGCAGUGCUUCCUGGCCUUUCACAGGAAGUUUUGGCUGCUUUAGAGGAUGUGUUGGAGAACCUCGGCACUACAACCACAGAUGAUUUACAAUAUAUCACUGAAGGAGACUUAUUGCCUGUACUGAAGCCCAUACAGGCCAGAAGACUGGUUGCUGCGUCGGCCCAAAAUAUCCGUUCAGUCCUCUCAAUCUGCAGCCUCACUUUCACAACCGUCGUCUGCUGCUAUUUCAUCACCUUCACUGAGCUGCUCCCCAGUUUUGCCAACCUGGGUUGACAGUUUUCAGAUACCGUGGCAGAAGCUCCCGGAAGAGCUGAUACAAACUUUGGAACGACAGAAAAGGCCAAGUGCACGACUUCGAAGACAAAUGGUGAGGAUUAUUGUCUCUGAAAUGAUGCAGAUUUGCAAGAAUCCAACCAAACGCAACACAACUGAAAUAGCAGAAAGGAUGGUGAGCAGAUAUCCAAAGUCACUUAAGGAUGUCAUUGAUGGUGACGUUAUUGGACUUGGUUAUCAUUCCCUGGUAAAACAACUCCAGGCUAGAAUUGAAAAUGUCAAACGACAAUACACACCAAAGAUAACUAAACGCAAGGCAGAAUCAGAUAACGACACUGAUGAGAUACCUGCUGAGCAAAAAGCCAGUGUUCAAGACACGUAUGGCUGUGUCAACUGGGAGCCAAAGUUUUUGCCCCUUUCUGAGACUGUAGAGAGUCAGCUUAAGAGAAAAGAAGACAUGAAAAAGAUGUUCAAAGACAAAAAUUACACUGCAGAAGAUGUGAAAGAACUUAUCAAGUCCACCUAUUACACGCAACGAAAGGACAUCAAUAAAGAUACAAGCAUCCUGAAGCUAUGCCAAGAAUGGCCUUUUUUGUUCCACAAAACUGGCAUGGCAGAACACUUCCAGCAACUUACUGGCAUCAAUCUGAUGGAAGCCUUCUUCACCAAUCUGGAUAAAAAGAGGGAGCGCAUCCUCAAUUUCCUUAAAACUGUUUUUGCUCAGAAAGAAAACCAAGUUCUGGAGUCUCUCCUCAAGUUAGCAAAUGAAAAAGGUCGGUCCAGUGGUUGUACAGAGAUGAUUCUUCUUCUACUUGCUUUUUUUGGUGAGAAGGAAGAGCAUAUGUUCCACUACGUUGAGAAGACGAGCCUUGCUGAAGAGGUUGAGAUGGAGGAUGUGCCAGCAACACCCUGCCUUGUUGUGUGUGGGUCCUCUUGCUUUACUGCGGACUGCUUCAUGUUGAGCGUUGAUCAGAAGAUUGUCAAUGACGACAUCACUGCCUUCUCCUGUGCCAUCUGCCUGAUGUUUGGCAGUUACUAUUGUUUUAAUAUACACUACCCAGUGGGACUGCGGUCAACACUGGAGUUCCUCCAGAGGUGUUUCUUUUCAAUAAAUCCGGAAAGAGGAACAAAAGUUGAGCUGAGCAAGAGGAGGAAGAUCUUUGCGGUCAACCCAAGAGUCCUCACACUCAUCGCUGACCUUGCAGACCAUGAGUGGACUUAGACCAUACUUUGUGAGUCACGUGAUAUGAGGUGUAAUGUUGUUAUGUUGCGGUAUGUUAAAAACUGCAUUUUAUUGGUAUUUACAGUGUACACUGUAAGAUUUCACAUUUUUCAUCUUCAUGUACAAUCUUGCAAAUGAGGUGACUGGUUGUUUAUGUAGGAGACAUAUUUUUUUUAUUAUUUAGUUUUUUUAUAUAUGUAUAUAGCAGAUGACACUUAAACAGGUUUUAUGCUGCACCACUGUCACAGCUUAAUGAAUCUGUGGUGAUUUUACUGUUACAAGUCAAAAAAUCUGACAAACGGGAACAGUUGGUAGCAUUUCUAGCUUUUACUUGCUUUAUUUCAGAAAGGCUACAGUGGUGCCCAAAACAGUUGUUAGAAAGUUCUUAUUACUGUGUAUGUGCCAAUUCCAUAUGACCUGAUAUGGAUUAUUCAUUUGAAACACACAUGGCACCGGAGUAGAAAUGAUAAUGUUGUCAUAUCUGUUAAACCUUUGCACUAGUAUAAGAGCAUGCUGCAUUUUGGAGGAUGUGUUCCAAGUUCUUUGUAAUCAGAGUGUUCACAGUGUUGUGAGAAGUUUGUACCGCCUCACAAAUUUUCAUUAAAUGAAAAAUUACAAUAAAAAAGGUUUGGUUUUUGGA